AUGCUUCCUAAAAUUAGAAAAUAUCAAUCUGGUUAUGAAAAACGAACAAAAAAGAAAAAGGUAGAAUUGUUGAUUGAGUCACAAAGAGGAGCUCUUGAUAAAUUUCUUAAGAAAGAAUCGCAAGUUCCUACUGAUCAAAAUUAUGAUGAUAAUGUGGUAAUUAAUGAGAAUAACGAUGUUGAAAUUGAGAUUGAUAAUGCCAAUGUUGAAUGUGAUGAUGUGCCUAAUAAAAAUGAUUCUUGUGAUGAUGUUCCUAUUGAUAAUGAUGGUAUUGAUUGUGCUCCUCUUGAAAAUGAUAAUGUUGAUGUGGAAAAUAGUGAUUAUGUGCCUAUUGAGAAUGAAAAUGUUGGACAAACUAACUCAGCCGAAAAUUUUCAUUUGCCUAAUAUAUAUGAUCCUAGAACGUGGGACGGUCUUGAUUCUAAAUUGAUAGAUUUAUUAAUAGAGAAAGGUCCCAAAAGAGAUUUAUCUAUUGUGAAAGGUCCUAAAGACGAAUUUUCUAGGCGAUUUACCGCAAACUUAUAUACUAGAGUUUUGUCCAAUGGAGAGAAGUUUGGCCUAAGACUUAAGGAGCAUGAAACAAGCAUGGAACAUGUGAAAAACAUGACAACUUGGUAUGAUUUGCGUUCAAGGUUUCAAAAGAAUCAAACAAUUGAUAAAGUCGUGCAAAAACAAAUUGAGAAAGAAAAAGAGCAUUGGAAAAAAGUCUUGAAAAGAAUUAUUUCAAUUGUGAAAUUUCUUGCUAAACAUAAUUUAGCAUUUCGUGGUACAAAUGAGAAAUUAUAUCAAAAUAGUAACGGCAAUUUUUUGGGCUUAAUUGAAAUGUUGGCAGAGUUUGACCCAGUUAUCCAAGAGCAUGUUAGACGUAUUACUAAUGAUGAUAUCAACUUUCAUUAUCUUGGUCAUAACAUUCAAAAUGAGUUGAUAUGUUUGCUUGGUUCUGCUAUUAAAACUGAAAUUGUUAAAAAAGUAAAGCACGCAAAAUAUUUUUCAGUGAUACUUGAUUGCACCCCUGAUGUUAGCCAUCAAGAGCAAAUGUCGUUGAUACUAAGAUAUGUGAACAUCUCUUCAAAUUCUGUUAGUAUUGAAGAAUCUUUUUUGGGAUUCUUAAAUGUAAAUGAUACGACUGGCCAAGGACUUUUUAAUGCAUUGCAAAGUGAGUUAAAAAAUUUAGAUCUUGAUAUAUUGGAUGUGCGAGGACAAGGUUAUGACAAUGGAUCAAAUAUGAAAGGAAAACAUCAAGGGGUACAAAAAAAACUUUUGGAUUUAAAUUCUAGAGCAUUUUAUACGUCUUGUGGUUGUCAUAGUCUUAACUUGACAUUAUGUGACAUGGGUAAUACGUGUGGUAAAGCUAGAGAUUUUUUGGGAGUUAUACAACGCAUAUACACUAUUUUUGCAUGUUCUACCAAGAGAUGGCAAAUAUUGAAAGAUAAUGUAAAAGGAUUGACUCCUAAGUCUUUGUCGUCUACUCGUUGGGAGAGUCGGGUAGAUAGUGUAAAAGCUAUAAGGUUUCAAAUUGUAGAAAUACGGGAAGCUUUACUUCAAGUAUCAGAACAUGAUAAUGAUUCUAAAAUAAGAAGUGAAGCUAGAUCAUUGGCAAUUAAUGAGUUGGGUGAUUUUGAGUUUUUGAUUGCAAUAAUCAUUUGGUUUGAAGUAUUUAGUGCAAUUAAUCUGGUGAGCAAGAUUUUACAAUCAAAAGACAUGCUUAUUGAUGUGGCUAUUGAAAAAAUAAAGGGGUUAAUUUCUUUCUUUGAGACGUAUAGGCAAUCUGGUUUUUAUGAUGCACUGAAUAAUGCUAAGAAACUUGCCAUUGAAUUGAAUAUUGACCCUAUAUUUCCCCAAAGGCGUGAAAUACGAAGAAAGAAACACUUUGAUGAGGAAACAAGUACAUCAUUUGUUGCUCCAUUAUCUCCAGAGGAAUCAUUUAGAGUUAAUUAUUUUCUUUAUAUUGUUGAUCAAGCCAUUAAUUCUCUUAGUAGGAGAUUCGAGCAAUAUCAGGAGUAUGAAAAUAUCUUUGGUUUCUUGUUUACUUCUUACAAUUUGCGGUCAUUGGAUGAUAAGAGUUUAAAAUCUUCGUGUAUUCAACUUGAAAAUGCACUUAAACAUAAUGACCAAUUUGAUGUUGAUGGACCUGAAUUAUAUUUAGAGUUGAUGUAUUUAAAAGAGGUAUUGUCUGGACAAGGAAUGAUGGGACCUAUUGAUAUUAUGAAGUUUUUGACUGGUUUAAAUUGCUUUCCUAAUGCAUUUAUUGCAUACCGAAUUUUGUUAACUAUUCCUGUGACUGUAGCAGCAGAAAGAAGUUUUUCAAAGUUGAAGCUAUUGAAAUCCUAUUUGCGUUCUACAAUGUUACAAGAAAGGCUUAAUGGAUUAGCGGUGAUAGCAAUUGAGAAUGAUCUUUUGGAGAAAAUUGAAUAUGAGGAAUUGGUUGAUGAUUUUGCAUCAAAGAGUGUGAGAAGAAUGGCCCUGUUUAAAUAA